AUGGACGCUUCUGCUUUAAAUGAAGACGUAAUCGAGUGCCUUGAUAAUGAAAUUUCCGAGUCAGAAUUGUGAGUGAUUUCUGAAUGAAUAAGCAGUAUUCAAACUCUUCUCAGCAUUUUCGGCGACGAUGUCCGAGCGAUCGUCGGCUUUUUCUCUUUUCUCACCUGUUACGGCCUCUGUUUAUUUUUUCUGGUCACUUUCAUCCGAGAAGUUUCUUUCCUUCUUUCAAACUUCCAAAGGAUUAUCGAAUUCUCUCGUUUUCAGUUCAUGUACUAUCAAGGACGUCGUGUUCUCAUGGAUUUGCUGAGCACUUCUGAAAGUCUAGACAAACAGGAAAAGAAGUCGAAGUCGAAGUCGGAGGUCUCGGCCGAAGAACCGAAUGCAGCCACCUACGAGGUGACCGGCCAUAGUCUGAAAAAUGAUUUGGUGAUGGAGAAUGAGCCUGAAGCAUCGAAUGCUUCGGAUUUAUCGUCGAAAGCACUGGGAUCGAAGGCGUCCGCAACUACAGUAACCCAAGAAACGGUGGACGUACCUAUGGGAUAG